AUGAAGACCCAGAUUCGAGGCCCCCGGGAAGAUUCCGUGGAAUUGGAAGUCGUUCUCAAGGUUAAUGGGGAAGCGGUACAGGAAUUUGGCACAGCCCAGAAUGGCAACAAGGCAAGCUGUUAUGUGCCAGUUUCUGAAGGAGAUAUUGUCGCAGCUCGGUCGACUACAACAUUGGCUGCUAAUGCUGAAGAGUUUACCGAUUUAAUCGUGGAUGGAAUUCUACGAGCAACAUCAACUAUCAAAGUUGGCAGGGGAGCCAAAGGUAACCAUAAUGUUACCUUUGACAGGGCUCUAUUUUAUAGGUAUCAUCGGGAGAAGCAAAGGGGGUUGAAGUUGGCGCGGAUGCAGAUCCAAACGCGAAAUAUUAAACAAGAUCUCGCUAUGAUACCAGGCCAAUUACCUUCCGCUGUCAGCACCAUUGAGCUUCAGCAUUGGCGGAAGUACGCGGAUCAACCAUCCACAUCAACUGCCACAACUACGGAUGCAGGUCCUAACCCGGACAGCAGAGCUCCAAACCUGGAGCAGUAUCCUCGCUGGUCGGAUCUCAAUCUCCAUAUGCCGACUAAUGAGCCUUCGACGUUUGAAGUAGGAUUCACGGAUAAUAAUAACAACCCCACCAAAAGUAAUAAAGACCGACUUCUCGAAGAGCGCCUCGGCUUUAAGUUGUUCAACACUUUCACGUUUCGUUUAGCUUCAUCGUCAGAUCUGCAUGGGCUUGGCUUCACAAGUAUCCAAAUAGAUCAAUCUCUCACAGCGGCACCAGGACUGAAUCAAAACCAAAACCUGCCCUCUACCCUCACUACACAAGGUCAUCAAUCUCCCACUUUGAAUGACGAAUCUAAAAGCCAGGAAGGUGCUCAUGAUGUUGUCAAUUUGCUAAGCAGUCUUGACAACACCCCGAAGAACGACAGCCUUUACAAUGGAAACCAAGGACUCUCCAAACUCUCUCAUUUGCCUACUGCUACUGCUAAGCUGCCUUUACUCGGUAAUUUUCCACCACACUCAUUCAACAUCGGUGACCAGGCGGCUCGCGUUGGAGGGCCAUCUAUCCAGUCGUCAACACCGAUCAGAAUGAAGCCCUUGGUACUCCCAGGCGCAGAGCCAGCGCCCGGAGGAGUUUUGGGUACCCCGACCUGGGAGCCAUUAACUCCGCCGAUAUCCUCGAGAAAACGUCAGCCGUUAACUCAGGAAUUCGUAUUUGGAGGCUCUCCAAUAAAUGCAGAGGACCCAAAGCUUUUCUCCCUUCCAAGCCAGCCAAAGCCAGCCGCACCGGGUGUCAGAUGUGGCACACCUAAUACUGACCAAUGCCAUCGGACUCCCGUUCCUGAAUCCAACCAAGGUGUUGGAUUGGGCUUGAACCAAGCAUGCUUUGAGUUUGGGGGUCAGCGGGCGUCCAACAAAUUGGCCUAUGAGAGGUGUCUUGCUAUUAUUCAACAAGUAUCACAUAAGGAAAGCCCACACUUGGCUGCACCUGGGAAGGAUCCCCAGAUAUUUUCAUCGCCCUUCAGACAGCAUUGUUCUUCUCAAUCUGAGAUUCCUAAGGGGCCCGCAGAUUUUGUGCCAACAAGCCUAGUGGCCUGUCCCGCAGUUCUAUCAAGUUUGCAGGGAGAAAAACGCAAGGCGGACUAUAUCAGUGGCGCCAAAACAAAAAUUCUUGAAGUUGGCGAACCAACAAAGUCCACCAUCUGCCCUUCUCUAAGAACCAAGGAAGAAAUGCAGCGACGGACGCAAGAAGCCCACCACCGGAUUGCGGUUGCACGGAGGGAAAGGGAACGACUUCAGGAGGAAGAGAGAUUGAUCCUAGACGCUUAUCUGCUUGAGCAGCAGGCUAAGCAGCUGGAGAAUGAGAAUGCCGAACGACAGGUCAAAAUUGACGCUAUGUACGACUACAGCAGCGUCUGA